CUCGGCCAGCCCCACCUCUGCCGGUCCGCCCUCGGCUCCCCCACCGCGCCGAGGAGCGAGCCCGGGAACCCACACUGGCGUGCCCCGAGCGGGAGCCCCCCAUCAGCUGCCGCCGGACGCCUCAAUGCUGGAGCAGAGCAGGGUUCCAAGUCUGUGGAAGACAUAACCUUGCACCUGCCUGCCCACCCCACUCUCUGACCUUGCUAGUCUCUCAGGAUCUGAGACACUGACCUUCACCGCUCAGCUCAGGGCUCCAAGGACUCCACUUUGUCUAGACCUGUCCAGCGAAACUCAGGGCGUUGUUACACCUGAGGGGAGUGAGGCGAGGGCAGUCAAGGCACAAGAACAAGAGCCCUCUGGGGCCUCAGGCAGAGGAGUGAAACUGGAACCAUCAGGGAACAUGAGUGAAUUUUGGCACAAACUGGGCUGCUGCGUGGUAGAGAAACCCCAGCCGAAGAAGAAGAGGAGACGGAUUGACCGGACCAUGAUUGGGGAACCAAUGAAUUUUGUCCACCUGACUCACAUUGGCUCUGGGGAGAUGGGGGCCGGAGAUGGACUUGCCAUGACAGGUGCAGUUCAGGAGCAGAUGAGAUCCAAGGGAAACCGAGACAGGCCAUGGAGCAAUUCUAGGGGCUUAUAGCUCCAUAGGAAUGGAUCUGCUGUGUGUCCAGCCUCCGCUCUGUCCAGCCCCAGAGAGAUGCUGCCCCUACCAGUUCUCCUCCCAGAAUCAGUGGCCCAGGGCCCCUCUUUCUCUGUCUGUCUCAUAGUGCCUCACAAGGCUUGGGGGCUGGACUCCCUUUCCUCCCUCUGGUUGCAGCCCCUCCUGGAGAUGGGGUCAAGGCAGCAGGACUGACCAAGUGACGACUAAUUGGCCAGAGGAGCUCGGCUGAAGCCUUGGACGCUCUCAGAUCUGAGAUAGGAGAUUUCUGAGAACUUGGAAUGAGUUCCUGUCUCCUGAAUGAUGGUCUAGGUGCCAUAUGUUUUUAAACUGCUAACCUGGAAUUCCUUACAUGUGGUGGGUAGGUGAGAUGACCUAAGCUGAAGCCAGCUUUGCUGAGGAGCUCCCUACCCCCCUGCGUUUGUCUUUCUUCCUGGAGGGAACUGAAGUGGAUGUCAGGUUGGGUCUUGGUGGGUGACAACUGGCUGCUCUUUCUCGAGUGUGGACUUUAAGCUCACUGUCCCUCCUAUCGCUUUACCAGUACCGGGUUCUUUCUCUCAGACCUCUAGCCCUGUUUCUGUAGCAUUGCUGGCUCCCUCAGAUCUUUUCCUCUUUUUUUAAUUAAAAUUUUAAUUUAAGAUGAGAUCUCUUAAUUACCCCAUCUUGCUACUACCUCUGCCCUUAACCCCAACCUUGUCAUGAGCCUUAUUAUUUCCCAUUGGAUAAGAGUUAAGGGGUGAGUCUUAACCUGGAGACAUCCCUUUUUAGUCUUGGGGAUCUGCCUUCUGCCAACCUCCCUUCUGGCCUAGGUGAGAGGAGGAUCUUGGAGAAGAACCCAGAAGGCCACAAAACUAGGAGUUUAUGUCUCAGCGUAGACUUACUGAUCACUGAGGAUGGGAGGGGUGGUGAGAUAAAUAGGUUGAAAACAGUCAUCCUAAAAGGAGCUUAAGAUCCUCACAGCAUGGGAACUGGAAGACCUCUAGAGCAAGUUUUCUCAAAACUAGGCACUUUGACACCUUGGGCUGGAUGAUUCUUGGUGGGAGGGACUGCCUUGUGCAUGGUAGGACAUUUAGCAGCAUCCCUGCCCACCUAGUGGUGGCAACCAAAAAUGUCCCCAGAUGUGGCCAAAUGUCUCCUAGAGGGCAACCUCCCCGCUGAGAGCCACAGCUUAGAGUCAAGAUAUUUUCCUCUUACCUGACUUCCACUUGUUCAUCCUAAGCCUGAACCAUGGAUAAAUGAGGGCCCCUUGUACAACAGGUUCAAUAGGGCUGCACCUAAUCUCCAGACUCUACUCACUGUGUUGCUUGUGCUUGCGUGGGUUCACGUCUCUGUAUGGACAUGUGCUGCAACGCUCCAUCCUUAUUUUCUCCAGGGGAGGGGUUCCUGUGGUGUGGGGGCCUGAACAGGGUGAAAUGGGGUUGCAGAAGGAAGGAAGAGAAACAGUAGAGCUGCAGCCAGCCCAGCUUAUCCCCCCCAAAUUUAAACUGUAUUUCUGUGCCCUAGUCCUAGAACCAGACACAAAUAAGACUCAGGGAGUUUUGUCUGAAGACCAGCAUCCCACUGCCCACCUGGCUGAAGAGUCUGCCUUAGGUGGGAAAAUACUGUAGGAGCAGGGUCUUUAAGGCGCUUUCAGUUUUCUCAGGUGUUUUGUUCUGGCCCCUUCCUUGCAGGGUAUUUAGAAGGGCAGAACAGAUAAGCUCCUGCCUGCUCAGAUGAGAAGGCGGGGGUCUCUUUAGCUCAGUAACAGGAAGCAUCCUGUUUGAUGGGAGUGGGAGUCAGGAAUGUGAAAACUAAGGUCCACUCUGCUGAUUCCACCAUCCAUCUGGUUCGCCCCCACCUAUAGUAACUGAGGUUCUAAUUUUUCAAAUUUCAGUGUAUUUCCUGCAGUUUUUCAGUGUCUAAGCUUGGUCAUAGGGAUACAUUCCCAAUGUACCUCAGUUCCAGUCUAGCUAAGUGCUCUGCAAGUAGCUCAGUAGCCUGAGGGUUAUACUAAAGUGUUAACAGGAUAGGGCAGGAAGAUGAGGACCUCCUGGAAUCUCUGGUCACCCUGAUCUUGAGCCUUAUUCUACUGCCUGUCUUUACACACAAUCUUCUUUUCUUUGGUGCUCUCUCACCUUUAGCUACCUUCUCUAAUGUGUAUGCUACCAUCAUUUUAACAAUAUUGAGAGUGACGGGAAUGGGUUUGAGAGUCAUAAUUUAUAUUAAAAAUUGUUGGACUUUUAAAUACAUUUUCAAAUAAAAGAAGUUGAAGCAAAA